GAAGAGCACGCUAGUUCCCGUGCACCACCGGCCCACACCACCACCGCGCCUCACGCUCACAGUUCCAGAGAAAAAGAAGCAGAAGGAUCGUGCGAUGGCGAAGGCGGCGGCGGCGAUGCUCGUGGCCGUGGCGCUCGUGGUGGUGGCGAUGAGCGCGGGCGGGGCAUCGGCGCAGCAGUGCAACGCGGGGCAGCUGACCGUGUGCGCGCCGGCGAUCAUCAGCGGCGCGGCGCCCCAGGCUUCGUGCUGCUCGAACCUGCGCGCGCAGCGGGGGUGCUUCUGCCAGUUCGCGCGGAACCCGGCGUACAGCCGGUACAUCAACAGCCCCAACGCCCGCAGCACGCUCGCCGCCUGCGGCGUCGCCGUCCCGCGCUGCUAGGCGCCUGCUUGCGUUACGGACGUGCGUGCGUACGCGUUGCCUCGCUUCUAUACGGAGUAUCCAGCUUGGUUCCUGCGUGAUGUUGUGUACGAAUAAAUGGUAAAUGGUGUGUGCAUCGAGUGCUUAAUUUGUUAAUUACUAGCUUGAUCGAUUGAUGCAUGUCGAUCGAUCUAGCGUGUGUUCGGUACCUCUUGAGUUCAAGUCUCAUGAAUAUAUGGAUUACUACUACCAAGUGAACUGCAAUUACUGAGUUA